AUCCCCGGAAGCGAAGAAUUGCUGCGUACGGCGUUUCUACAUCGAUUUCCGAAAAGAUUUAAAAUGGAAGUGGAUCUACGAACCUAAAGGCUACUAUGCCAAUUUCUGCAUGGGGCCUUGUCCCUACCUCUGGAGCUCAGAUACCCAAUACAGCAAGGUCCUCGGUCUCUACAACCUGCACAACCCCUCGGCCUCAGCCGCACCCUGUUGUGUCCCCUACGAGCUGGAGCCCCUGGGCAUCGUAUACUACGUCGGCCGACAAGCCAAAGUGGAGCAGCUUUCCAACAUGAUUGUCAAAUCGUGCCAGUGUAGCUGAGAAAAAGGAUCGGUGGUGGACUUGGGAAUUCCUGAACGAUCCCUGCAAGGGGGGGGAGGGGAAGGAGUCAGGACUGUGUGGAUGCCGACUUUGCUUCCCCCCCCCACCCCUUCUGCUAAAACUCUGUGCCUUUUUUUUCCCUUUC